CGUUUCUCAAUCGCAAACCGUCCUACGUCACUCCACCAUCAUUCAAAUUGAUCAGAUUCGGCUGUGACCAAAAAUUAAAUUAUUAGAAAGAAUCCUGCGGUGAGGAGUAAGGCUUCAAAAUAUUUUUUUUUGUCUGGUGACUUAUCAUUGUCGCUGAAAAUGAAUUGUGUGAUGCUUGUCAUUCACCUGUUGCUGAUGCUCAAAUGGGGGUUAUGUGAAGAAGAAUAUCUUAACAACAAAAACGACGAAGUCAAAGAAAUAUUGGAAUUUCUGCGUAAGGGAGAGGAACAAAUAAAAUCUACCGGACACAAGGAGAUAAUUUUCGUGUUAGGCUCUACUGGAACAGGCAAGUCAACGUUAGUCCAUCUCCUAGCCGGAAAUCCAAGUUUUCUGCGAUCGAUUCCAAGUGACGAAGAUUCCGACGAUUUCAUCAUUGAACAUUUGCAUGAGGACAAGAUUGGUAAUGUUACAUUCCAAUCGAAAACCAUUUAUCCGGAUUUGGUCGUCGAUGAAAACAAUGUUCCGUUCUACGAUUGCCCGGGAUUCAGUGACACUCGCACGACAGGCAUCGAAAUUGCAACUACCUAUUUUACCAAGAGGGUGAUCAACAAAGCGGAUCGUUUGAAAAUCGUAUUUGUGGUGAAUUUCAAUUCCAUGUUGCGCGGGAUCAGUUCGAGAAAGGAUUUUACCGAAUUCGUUCAAUACGCAACCGAAUUUUUACGAAAUGUCCGUCAAUACAAAAUGGGAAUCAUUCUGGUCGCAUCGAAAGUUCCGGUUCACGCCGGACAAGUUGGUGGCGACGCGAAAUUGAUUCACAAAAUCAGGGGCUUUCUCAAGGAGUACCGACAAUUUCUCGUUGACGAAACGGAACGGAUCGAUUCGAAAUCGAAUGGUGUCAUUUUGAACAGACUGGAUUUAAUCGACAUCUUUCUGACCAACGACAUAAUCGUUUUGUUUAAACGACCGAACAAUGCUGGACCGUUGCAUCGACUACCGGAAGUGAUGAAAAAUCGGGAGGAAUUGCAAAAUUCGAUUCACAAUAAAAUCAAUUUUGCCGAAAUGAUUGCUGACGACUUUGGGUACACACUGUCGGAUCGCAGUAAAUUAAAAAUCAAUUCAAUUGCCGAGGAGAUAAAUCGUAGAAUUGCCGAUUUGUUCGAAAAAAUCAACCGGAAUGUGAUGGACCACUACUCAAACAAAUACGUGAAUGUCAACGACAUCGACAAUUUACAGAAUGAAUUGGAUGGCGUCAUAACGAUUCUAUCGAAAAUAUCGGAUAGUAACAGCAACUCAACGAUGUCCGAAGCUCUUGCGUCAAUCAAGCCACUAAACAUCCCGAAUUCACAAACUAUUUUGGUUGACUUUCAUAAUCACAUGGACUACAUACAAUUCCUUGGGACGGUGCACGACCAACCCAUCACCAUGCGAACAUCCGACUGGACAGCGGCACUGCGAAGCUGCAUCGAUUAUUUAGUUAAAGAGCGAAAUUGGUACACAUUCGCCGGUACGCUUUUGGAUCGCUUGUCCGAAUACGAUAUACAAAGCAAUGUGUCGAUGUAUGACGUUGGCGACAUUGAACGCUGGGGACUGGGUAGUGACAACAACAAUGUAUCAGCAGCAAGUGGAAUUUCAAUAACUGCAACAAACUUUGCGAAUUUCUUAAAAAAGGUUAUGACUCUCGAUACGGUCAGAGACACCGAAUCUUCAAAAUCGAAAAUUGAUCUGUUGAACAGCAUCCUAAACGAAACGAUAAAAUCCAGGCCCACGUGUAGUUGUAACAGUGACAAGAUGUCGGUGAAAGGAAACUUCGUUAAGAUCAGCGAUCUGGACAAAUUUGAAGCCUGCUGUAAGCAAUCGGUGCAGUCAAUUGAAGUCUUCGGUCUGUCAACGGUUUUUUUUGAUUCUGAUUUCAAGCGAAACGUUCAUCUAGUGGUUAUCGCUCCCAAAUGGUGUGUGGUUCGGGCGCACGUGCACGUCAGUCUUGAUGGUGUCAAUGGGACGGAUGGUGUCGACAAGUCUAUCGACUUACAAACGAAAUUCGUUGACGGCCAUCCUGGAACAAUCGGUGAAAAUGCUAAUCACUUCUUCGGAUAUGCUGACAAAAUUGUAAACGUUGAAAAUUUGUAUAUUUCGGCUGUUGGUGGUAACGGAGGUCUCGGAGAAAACGGUUCCACAGCUAUCGAUGGCGUAGAAAUUUCGCCCAAAGGCGGCGAUGAACAGAAACUGUCACAGUAUGCUAAAAUCGUCGAACGAACAAAAGAAAGUGACGCUGGAUUCUUGUACUUCAACAAAAAAGAAUGGGAGCACACGACGUUUCAAAGUAACGUUCAUUGUCCGUCUAUCAAUGGCAUCGGUGGCUCCGGUGGAUUCGGUGGUUAUGGUGGCUCAAUCGAAUUAAAUGGCAUGGUGGAAAUAAAAACUUUAACCAGAGAUGGACAUGAUGGCGCUUAUGGAAUGGCGGGAAAAUGCGGAAAAGUAUUUGACAAAGUGAUGUUCUACAAAACGAAGUCCACUUCUUGCUUGUUUUGGUUGCUUUGUCACACUACGAUUUCUUGGGACACACAAAAAUUCAGUGACCCUGAAUGCCUCCAAAGAUGUCGAAACUCAUCGCUAGUUAACGUGCGUGGAAUUUCGAAACCACGGGCCAAUGAACGUCCGAAUUUCGCUUUUUCCGUUAACCAAUACAAAUCGUUUGUACGAGAAAAUUUGCAUCGAAUGCCAGUGACCUCAAGAUUUGUGACCAAUUUCCUUCGAUCAAUGGAACAGAAUCCGAACAUUCGUGCUGCCUACAACACGGCAUCGUUUAUCGACGAUUUCUAUCAAAUUAAAAAGCAAUUUCAUCGACGGCAAAUCGACGACAGUCUGGUGUACUUUCAUCAAUCGAUCAACGAACGAAUUCUGGAAUAUGUGUCGAAUGCUUCGAACAAGGUACGGGUCAACGAUCGGAAUAUUUUGGCCAAUUUGUACACGGCCGGAUUGAGUAAAAUAUGCAAAUUGCGCAGUGGAACCGAUCAAAAUCUCAUCAUUGACAUUGAAUCGUAUUUGGAUGUGGCCAUCGAGCAUAUUCGCUUGGUUGAAAAGAGUGGCAAACGGGUCGCCCUGAACCGGUUCAAAAAUGAAUAUCGACGGAAUUUGGAUGCGAAAAUCAGUGACAAUCACAACAUCAUUACGAGCAAUAUUGUGCCAGCUGUUGACCAGCUCACCGUACAAAUGGACGCAGCGAUUGAGCAUUUACUGACGGAUGUAAUUAAAGCGAAGAGUUCCACUGCUGUCGACAAUAAUCGCUACGAUAGAAUGCGGAGAAAAUUGAACGAUUUCAUAAUUCCACGGAAAGUGUUGAGUUUUGUGAAGGUAGUGGCUGACAUUGCCGGACUGUUCACUGGGUUCGGAGGUGCCGUUGCCAAAACACUGAGCACAAUAAAUCGGGUCGCCGAUGCAUUUACGAACCAUUAUCAUAUGCCGUCCGAUAAACUAUCCUUCACACCGACAGAUGAAUUCGACGACAACCGUUACCAAUUCGAAGAUGCGGCGCAAUUCUCACCAGUCCAGAAGUCGAAAUCGCUUCUCACCGUUAUCGACGAGAUUCUGGAGAUGGUGUCCACAUUCUCCUUUGGUGACCUGUUGGCACCGAUAAAUCUUGUGCGAGACAAGUUAACGGGUGCCAGAAGAGUGGAUUUAAGUUCCACAGAAAUUGAUUUGUUGCGGAAUGAUGUGGAGAAUACUGUCCGGAAGAAGGCGCUUGAAAUGAAGACACAUUUCCGAAACGAAACCAAUUCAAUGAAAGCUCUGGACAAAGUGUACAGGAAACUGUCAGUACUGCAUAUGGACGUGGAAAUGUUCCGUAAAUAUUCGUCGAACAAUCAAAAGUUAUAUGAAAUCGAGUCUGCAAUGAGACAGUCUGGAAACAAACUUUUUGACCUGAAUCAAUUGGAGCACGAUCUUCGAUUAUCCAUCAUUCCGAUGGUGAAGCAAAUGCGUACGGUACUCAACCAAUUCUCGGAUGAAAUGACCGAUCACCAGAGACCAUCACUUGACGCAUUAAAAUGGCGUAUUCAAGACAUGCUCAAAAAUGUUCGCUACCAAAUCCAGCAGUUCACAAGUCUUGACUGGAAAAUUAAUGGCGAACUUUUGCACAUAUUCGAGAAACUGGAUGGAGCCAUAUCUACACUGAGUCACAUUUUCGACCAAAUGCAAGUGUAUGAAGACCAAGUGAGAUUGAGCAAUUACAUCGCUAACAUUGAGUCCGCUGACUAUACCGUAGACAUGAACUCAUCUAGCCCGGAAUCGGAUAAUUUUAACCGUUUGAAUGUAAUAAUCCAAUCGAACGUCCUGCUGACAAUUUUCGACAAUGCGCUGAAUGGUUUUAAGCAAACGGUUUUUCCAUUCGCCGAUUUCUAUUUGCGCCGCUUCAAUCUACCACCGCAACUGGAUACGGAAACAAGUUUGCGAACACUCGUCACAACGGCCACCGACGAAUUGGUGAACUUAAAAUUGACCCUGAAGGAAUAUUACAGCGCAUCGAUCAAUCCCAAUGACAAUUUAAUUCACACCGCAGACUUUUCCAGUGAUUUCAAUUCAUCGUAUCCGUUCUAUGUUUGGCACGGCGAUGAGCACAGCGUAAUGAUGGCAGAGCUGUUGUCCGGGCGAAAUGUUACCGUAAAGGUGGACAUAGCCAAAGGACCAAAAUUGAAUGCCGUAAAAUUUCAAUAUCUGCAAAUCCAUUUGAAAUGCUCGAAUCGGACCAACCAAUCGGAAUUGGACAAAUUUUUGGAGAAUUUUGACGUCACCAUCAUUCAUCAUGGAAACUCGUACUACCGGUGUGACGAUAAAUUCUAUUUAAUUUCAAGUCCAGCACAGCGCAUUGAGUACAGUUUCGCACAGUAUGCAAAUGGACUGUCGAUACGUAGCAAUAAUGUUUAUCAGAAAAUGAAAAGCGGAAACUUUGUAUUGAGUCCUUAUGCUUUACUGACAAUUUCGUUGAGCGCUCGACACCCGGAACAAUUUAUGAAUUUCGAUUCUGACUUCUGCCACAGUAUUGAUUUGGAAUUGAUCGGACGUGGACAAUAUCUGAACCCGAACAUGGAUGCUUGUUUCGGUCUAGAAAAAUAUUACGCAGCCGAUGAGGUAUUGGUAGACGAUUUUCAAACUGUUAGUAAGGGAGAUAUUGACGAAAUAAAUAAAUGAAAAAAAAAAAAAAAAACAAAUGAAGGAAGAGAGUGCGACAGAGUUUUCCUUUAUCUCUGGAGCCGUUCGACCUAUUUUGUG